AUGGCAUCCCUCUUCUCCGGCUGGAACCCCCUCAAGUUCUUUCCAGAGUACUGCGGCCCACACCAAGUCGGCACAGUCGAUGUCGAGAUACCAGCAGGAGACCUAACAGCACCAGCAAACGCACCAGAAGACGCACAACCGACCGUCGCUUUCCGCAUCUUCUACCCGUGUGAGAAGCCAGAGUCGAACGAGACUGACCGGCCGGUCCGAUGGAUCCCGCAACCCCAACGCGCCACCAUCGCUUCGUUUGCCAAGUUCAUUGGUUGUAAGGAGAAGGUCGCUUCUGCGAUAUCAUACGUCCCGCAGCAGCUCUACUGGAUCAAGUUACCCGCGCAUCGGAAUGCCAAGAUCUUGGAUCCACCGACGAGUAACGGGAAGUGGCCGGUGACAUUCUUCUCGCACGGUCUGGCUGGGAGUCGGAAUGCCUAUAGCCAGAUCUGUGGCGAUCUGGCGAGUAAUGGGAUGAUUGUUAUUGCUCUCGACCACCGAGACGGCAGCAGUCCGAUCCAGUAUGUGCGAGCGACGAACAACACCGAAGCUCAUAUCGUCUCCCCGGUCAAAAUCCCACACGAGCCCGUCACGAAAGAGGUGUAUGAUGCGCGAGAUAAGCAAUUGCGGAUACGAUUGUGGGAGAUGUCCAUGGCGUACGAGGCGUUGGUGAAGAUCGACAAGGGACACAGUAUCGAGAAUCUGGACAGCAAUACUUCGCGAUUACGGAAAGAGAGGUCCGAGGUCCUACUACAAUUCAACGAUAUGAUGGACAUCCACCGACCAGGGAAAGUAACAUGGGCCGGCCAUUCCUUCGGCGCGGCGACGACAGUACAAUUAUUAAAGAGCAUCUUCUACUACAAAGACCGCACAGAAGUCGACGGCAACCCCCUCCUCACCCCGCACGCCGACGCGGCCGUGAUCCAACAAAUCGUCCCCGAAAGCCCAACCUUACUCCUCGAUAUGUGGGGCCUCCCCCUCAAAUCCCCCGAGCAACGCUUCCUGUGGGAACGACCCCUCCCCUCUUACGCGGUGGGCGGUCCCAACGGCGCCAACAUCCUCUCCGUCCUCUCCGAAGCUUUUCAGAACUGGGAGGAUAAUCUCAAUAUCAACAAAUUCAUCGUCGCGAAGCCCUCUCGCUCGCGAAGACCUUCCAUCGCUCCGCGUCUUACGCGGGAGAAGGGGAGGUUAUUACCCGCUUUUGCGCGCCUGCGAGCUCCAUCUCCAGCCUCGGAUUCGGGCUACGCUUCCUCCUCCUCCUUCUCCCGCAGUACCGCCCCUCCCCAAUUAUCCCGCCAAAUAAGUAUGGAAACCGGCCUCACCACCCCGUCCCAGGGCUCCUCCAGCAAACUCAGCAAAUUCAGUCAAAGAUCCUCGGGUGAAAGGACGCCGGGGCCGCAUAUGUUCUACGUCGCCAUGUCGCAGCACUUUAACCAGUCGGAUUUCGGGAUCUUAUUCCCCUGGAUCGCGUUGAGGUUGACCAAGGCCGAGGAGCCGGAACGUAUCCUCGAACUUAAUACGAGGGCUAUGGUGCAGGUGAUUCGCGAGGCGGGGAUUGAGGUUUCCGGUGGGGAUGACCCGGAUAUUCUCGACAAAGAAGGUGGGGUGAGGCGGUGGAUUCGGUUGGUGGUGGAGGAGGAGGAGGGGGAUGAGGCCGAGGCGAUUUCGAGGCCUGGGGCGCUGGGUGUGGUUAAUAGGAAGUUGUCCGUCUCCGCCGGGUCCGUGCGGUCGCUGGCUUCUGUGCCCAGGCAGCCGAGGGAUGGGAUGACGAUGGGGCAGAAGAUGGAGGCGCAGUUUGGGCGGGUGGAGGCCGGGUUGGAGAUGCCGAUUGCGGCGGCGGCGUAG